UUCCUAAUCAUCAUCGGUAGGGAUCAGCUAUGUUGCACCAUAAAACUUUUUAAUAUACUCCAAGAAGUGAUUUUUCGGAAUCACGACGUACCCUCCGAAAACCUGAAGAAUGUUUUGAUAAAUCGGUGAGAGUGUAAGACGAUCGACGAUGGUAUGUGUUAAAUGAAAAAAAUUAAAAUUAAUUAAUCUGGCCUUAACAGUGAGCAUAAAUUCAAUUAUAAUAAAUCAUGUUAACGAGGCAUUUAUCAGCCAUUCAGUAAUCACAAUUGUUGAUCUAUUAAUGAAGAAAAAUUAAAAGUGGAACUUUACAUACAAAAAAAAAUUAAAAUUAAGAAGAAAACUUCAUGAAAAAGUAAAACGAAGAAUAAAAGAAAGAAAAAAAAAUAUCUAAAGAUUUCCUCAAAUGUGAAAGAUGAGUGAAUACGUAACUGUUGUUUCGGUUGAUCUCCAGCCAAAAUGCCAACUGAAUGGUGGCGGUAAUAUUAACAGCGGUGUUGCAAUUAAUAGCAUCAUUAACGAACAUGAAAAGAAAUCAUCAUUUGUGACAGUAUUAUCGAUAAAUAAUAAUCAAAAUACGACGACCAUAAGCACAUCAGAGAAUCCGACGAGCGGUGAAAUUGUUACUAUUUACCGAUUGCCUGGUGAACGACUGGGUUUUGGCCUUAAAUUUCAAGGUGGAACAAAGACUCACGAACGAGUCGAGAGACUAUUCAUUCAGUCAUGUGAUCCUGAUAGUCCAGCAUAUCGUGCGCGUGCCUCCUGGGGAUGUUUGAGUGAAGGCGAUGAGAUUCUACAAAUUGAUAGUGAGCCAAUUACGAACAUGACGAGAAUUGAAUGCGUAAAAUGUUUAAAAGACAGAAAUGUUGCAAUUAAUUUAUUGGUUAAAAAAGGCGAUCGUAAUUCAAUGAUGGUCAUACGUAAUGAUUCAUUUAAUGGAACUUCAAAACGUCCAGCAGUUCCACCAUCACCACCAAAAAUACCGCCAAGAAAAAUUAACAAUAAAAGACCAAUACCAGCGUCCUUACGUGAAACGAAUACUUUACCAAUUGCUUUGCCUAAGGCGACAAUAAAUAUACAGCAACCAAUUCAGCAAUCAGUGCAACAGCCUAUUAUUACAGAAACUCCUGUAGCUGCUGAAACUUAUCUCAAUUGCACACUCGACGAUGAUUUAAGCCGUAAUGAUGAAUCUGAUGAGACCGGAAGUACAAUAUCAUCUCAAAUUUCGGUCAUUUCUAAUUUCUCAUCAGAAUCGGACUUGUCAUUGCUCUCGUCAAAUGCAAGCAAUAGCGAUUUAACAAGAAUUCUCACCAAACCAUUCCAGAUGAUUGAGCGUGAAUUUAAUGUCAACAGCACUAAUGUUGUGAGCAAUAGUAACGCUCCAAUGUCAAUCGAUAAUUUGUUGCUAUUCAAUGAGUCGGAACCGAGCGAGUAUAAUAAUAUUGUCAACAGCCACAACAUUAUCAAUAACAACAACAAUAGCAACAAUAUCCAUAAUGAGUGUGAGAGAAUGAAUGAUGACAUUAAAGUAGCUGGCAAUUACGUGAAUAUAUCAAAAACAACAGCAUCUUCGUCUAUGAUCAUCCCAGAGAAUGAUCAACGGCAAUAUGAAAAUGUUGAUAUGAAAGUGCCUCCAGUGCCACGUCCAAGAUCCAUUUCAUUGCCACAGGAAGUUCAUUGCGAAAUUGAUACAAAAACAACGCCAACGAAGACAACAAUUGAAUCAUGGUUAAAUGAUGCUAAAGCUGUAAAUGGAAAUGUUGAUAAAAUUAAUUCAUCGGACGAGCACGAACAGUCUUACGAGCCAAUUAAGUUUGAAUGCUUUGCGGCUGGCGAUGAUGAGGAAGAAAAAUUGGGUCCACCGGAAUUUUUGAAUAUAUCACAGGCCUAUUUUAACUUCCCUUGGUGUGGAAAUUCAGCAAAUAGUCUUCCGACAAUUGGUGAGGCAGAAGAAGAAUUUUCAUCAAUCGAACAAUUUGUUAUUCAGCAAAAGUCAACAAAUGGACCAAUUUUGAUCGUACACGAUACAGACGAUAAAAAUGGCAAUGGAAUUUCAGAUGCUAUGGAAAUAUAUCAGCCACAAAAAGCGCAUAUGGAAAUCAAUAAUAAUGAUGAUAAUGAUUCCUCUUAUCUUCAUAAGUGUGAAGAUAAGAGCGAUAAUUUAAUCACAAAAGUCCACGACAAUACGUACGGGAGCGAAAGUAGAAAAAAUGACAUUCGCGGUCUAAAAAUUGAUGUGAAAAGUUCGGUUGAUUGUGUUUACGAGAACAAGACAAAUAUUAAAGAACAGCAGCAAGUAAAUCACACGAAAUUACUUUAUCGUGAUAAAAAUAUGGAAUUACAAAGUGACAAUGAUAAAUGUUCGAAAUUAGUUAAUGACCAUGUGAAGCAAGCUAAUGAAAAUUCCAUACUUAAUCGUAAUAAUAAUUACGAAAGUGCUGAAUGCCUCAUCAAUAAUAAAAUUAUGAUAAAUAAUGACAGUGAGAUAUUGAAUUCAAAAGAGAUUUUUGCAAAUAAUACACCGAUUGCAUCACAGCGAGUCUCGACAUCGAUUGGUGUUGAUCAAUUUACUGCCAAUGUGACACAAUCAAAUGAUAUGAAAACAGAGACGACUAAGGCAACAAAUUCUCAAUUAUCGUCAUCAUUUGAAGAAAAUAUCACACCAGAGGACGCAAAAAUGGAGCAAAAGCAGUUGUCGUUUGAUCAAAAAAUUGACACUGCGAAAACAGUUGAUAAUAUAAGUUCGUUACAAGCAGAUGGAAGUGAAGCUGCCAUGAACAGAACAUCAGUAAAUUUGAAUAUUAAUUCAUAUAAAUUUGAAAAUAACGAGUCAAAUAAAUUCUCAUCGAUAGCAUCACCAGCCACGCCAACAAUAACAAAAGCGACAGCGAUAGUUGCACCACAACGUAAAACACACAAUUUUGAAGAAAUAACAAACUUUGUUGAUACAAAACCACCAUUUAAAUCAGCCACAUUGGGACGACAACGUCCUCAAUUAAAUUGGAGAAAUAAAGACGAAAAAUCGGAGAAGAGUGUAAAGGAUAAAAUUGCCAUGUUUUCAAAUUCAACGUCUGACAUAACACAUAUUUUGCCCAAAACAGCACCGACUAUGUCAACAUUUAGAGAUAAAUCGUCAUCGCUUCGAGGUUCCAACAUUACAAAAAGUACUGAGAAUAUAUUCAGUAGUUCCUUUGCAGACGAAUUGUAUAGUCCAAGAAUAAAGAGUAAUAUUUCAAAUCACAUUAAUAGCAACAUUAAGAAGAAGGCAAUGAGUGUGGAGAAUCUCGAUGACUAUGACGAUGACGUUGUGCUGCGUGACAAUAAGACAGAUUAUAAUGGAUUCAUGAGCUACACACCUGUUAGUAAGCCAAUUAGUCUUCUUUCUCCAGCAUCACCACGACCGUCAUUAUUAUUGAACAUGAAUCGUACAUUAAGUGUUGAACAUUUAAAUAGUUCAUAUGAUAGUCCAGCUCUUCCAUCACGUCCACCACCGCCAAUGACUGCACCAAUUUCACUAUCACGUCACAUUAGUUUUAAUGGUGGAUUGUCAAAUGAAGAAGUAAGGCAGAAGUCAAUUGCAAAUAUGAUUGAGAAUCGUAAGAAGAGCAUGUCAAAACUUCGUGGCUUAGUCAUACCCGAAAAAGUUCCAGAAAGUGAACUUCAAGCUGAUCAAAAAGUUUUUGGACUGCCUGUCAUUAGAAGUAAAGAAUGUGACUUAAUCAAUAGCAGUCCAAUAAUUAUUAGCAAGUCUGCAACACCAUCACCAAAAUUACCAACUCGAAAGACGUUUAAUGAACGACAAAAGAAUUUUGAAUAUCCAACUUUGAUUAAAGCGGCGCCAAGGAGAAGUCUCGACGAUGAUAGGAAAGUUGUUCCACCUGUUAAACCGCCAAGAACUUCGCUCAUAAUUUCCACUCAAUCAAAAUCAUUUACGUCAAAUGCAACAGAUGAUAGUGACACGGAAUCGUGCUUAAGUUCAAGAAUUUCAACACCGCCAAUUUCGCCUGUGGCAAAAAAACCAUUAAUAAGAACGUUAAGUAACAAUUCAUCACUUAGUUCCAAUUCAACAUUGACAUCUGGUUCAGGAUCGCAAGCUAGUUGCUCGUCAAAUGGUUCAGCAUCUCCAGAAAUACGCAAAAAUUCAUCAGAAUCAUCAGCAACACGUAGAUCUAUUGUUGCAUCAUCAAAAAGUCGAAGUGGUCGUGAAUGCUUAGAAAAAUCGUGGAGAGAUGAAGACAGUACUGACGGUGGUAUUGAUCAUGAAGAAAAACAACGUGUUCCAAAAGCAAAAGCUCGCAGUUCCUUAACAAACUACAAAGUUAUAAAUUCUAGUGAUAAUAUUGUCGAUAAGGUGAUAAAUGUUGCUACUUAUGUUGAAGUCAUGUCUUCCGAUUCUGAAGAUAAUAAAUUAGAACCUUCAGAAUCUCAAUCGAGUAUUUCAACGCAAAGAACAAUAACACAAGAAACAAUAAGUAAAUCAGAAGCACCAAACUUAAUGUCUGAUAUGGCUAAAUGGGUGCGUAAAGAAGCUUCAAAAUCAACAGAAAUUGUGAAAAAAAUUGAAAUGACAACUUUGACAACAACCACAACAACGACUAAAACUGAAGAAAUUAGAAAAAUUCCAAAGUCCCUAGAAACUCCCAAGAAGCUAAACUUGUCAGAAAUUCGUAAAAAUUUCGAGAACAAACAAUUGUCUAAUGGAAAUGCUACAACACCAUCGUCAAUUGCAUCACCGCGAACGCCAUCAAAGGAGAAAACCACAACAAGUGCAUUUAAUCACAAUAGAUUCUCGUCAUGGGACUCGGUUGCAUCAUCAUCGUCUGGUGUGUCAUCAGAGUUAUUAGGAACUGGUACAGGCACAAACAAUUCUGAGUCAUUGCAAACAAUCCAGUCAGAUUUUGGAAGUUUCUCAUCGUUUGGCAGCAGUCAUAGUUUAAUUACGCCGCAGGAUCUUCAAUCAAUAAUUGAUGAGGCUGAUCCACCGCUUGAAACAUCAGAAGCAUUCGUUGUUGUCUUACAUCGUGACUCGCCUGAAUCAAGCAUUGGAAUUACUCUUGCCGGAGGCUCGGAUUAUGAAGCUAAAGAAAUAACAAUCCAUCGAAUACUUAUAAAUUCACCAGCCGAUAAGGAUGGCAGAUUAAAGCGAGGUGAUCGAAUUUUAUCAAUUAAUGGAUUAAGUAUGAGGGGAUUAACACACCGGGAGUCAUUGAGUGUGUUGAAGUCACCACGUACAGAUGUUGUAAUGGUUAUAACAAGGUCCAAGUCUGUCAUUAAAACAAAUUCAUUAAAAAAGACAAAAUUGGGAUCACUUGGCUCAUUAAGUUCGUUGAGUGAAAAGGCUGAUAGCAUUGAUAGUGGCGUACGUCAAAAGCUUCAUUCGUCAAGAUCCGUUGAUAUGGAUCUUGAUGCUUUGUCAACUGAAGAUUCCAAAUACACAAAUCGAAGUAAAGCUGAAACCAAUGGCAUGAAAAAAGAGGCGAGCUAUCAUUCAAAUGGUUUUGACAUAGCGAAUAUUAUAAAAGAUGGAACUGGAAUUGGAAUUUCCUUAGAUGGCGGCUAUGAUUCACCACAAGGCAACAAACCACUGAUUGUUAAAAAAGUUUUUAUGGGCGGUGCAGCAGAGAAGCUCUCAAAUGUGAAAUCAGGCGAUGAAAUCAUUGAAAUUAAUGGAGUAUCAACAGAGAAGCAAUCACGCAUAGAUGUAUGGAAUAUGAUUAAGAAGCUACCGCAAGGCGAUAAUGUUCAAAUGAAAAUCAAAAGAAAAUGAGCAGAGAUAUACGAAUAAAUGAGAAUUGAAAAUUCUUUGUGAUAUAAAAUGAGAAAAAAAAUAAUUGAAAGAAAAUGUGUCUUAGGUUAUGAAAUAUUCAUCUGAUUAUAUAUUUUUAUACUGAGUCAAUAAUCUAUUAUAUAUAUCUAGUUCUAUUGAAUGAUGCAUGGAAAAAAUGUUUUUGAUAUAUAGAUGCUUGAAUGUACUUAUCUAUUCAUUAUAAAUGAUAAGAGAAAAAAAAAAUUAAUAUUUUGAUACAAAAAAAGAAUUAUUUAACAUGUCAAUGCUUAUCGUAUGCUAUACUAAAAUAUGAUAAUUGAUAUAUAAAAUAUUUUUAUAUACAUUUGAUGUAUGACUUACUAGAUUACUACAUAAGGUGCAUUCUAGCGAAUUUUUUUUAUAUUCAAUCUUGCCUUAAAGGAUUUCUUUAAUGUUUUUUAGUUUUGUAUGUUUCAAUUUUUUUGAUUUUAAUAAGAUGAGCUAGUUUUGGAAUUACUGGUCAAGAAAACUAGGUUUGAGCGAGAUCGUAUCUGAUGAACUCUGUUCAGCUCCUGCAAAGUCUUUAAACCUGGUGAUUAUUCCUUUCAAAGCCUUUUAUAUGAAGAAUCAAGCAAGACUGGAACCAAUUAUGGAAAUUCCGUUGAUUCUUACAAAAUUAGCUCACGUUUGAUUUUAAUUAUUUUGAUUAUAAUUGUUAGUGCAAUUUACACAAUUUUUUGAAUUGAUGAUGAAAAAAAAGAAGAAGGAAAACUUAAUAAUGCAUUUAAUUA